AAAUUGGAAUUGAUUUUGCCCCAAGAAUCAUAUUCUUUUCAUCAAAAAUGCAGGGUUUGGGCUCAAAUAAACUAUUUAUUUCAAACCCUUUUGAGGACUAUUCGACGAAUAGCGAUGUUGUAACUUCUGAUGGAGAACUUACUCUCGUAUUUAAAUCUCAACUUGAAAAGUUUAUAUCGGAUACUUUACUUCUCCUAGAAGAAAAAUACAACUCGGACGAAAUAGACCGUCAUGAUAACAGCGUUUAUACAGGAAUGAGUGGAGUGGCAUUUUUAUACAUAAAAUUGUAUGAAUUGGGAAUUAAACCUGAUGGACUUGAAAUCGCUUUGAAAUAUGUAGAGAAAUUUCUUCGCAGUAUAAAAGUACGUUAUAUAACUUUCUUAUGCGGAGAUGCUGGACCUUUAACAAUAGCUGCUUAUUUGUAUUAUAAAUUAAAUAAAAGCGAUGAAUUUCAAAUGUGUAUUGGACAUUUAUUAUCAGCGGAGGAGGAAGCUGUAAAAAGAUCAACUGCCGAUGAGCUGUUAUAUGGCAGAGUUGGUUAUUUGUAUUGCCUUCUCUGGUUAAAUAAGAAAAUAAAUCCAGAGCCAAUACCCCAAAAUCUUAUUCAAAGAAUUGUCAAAUGUGUAAUCACUAGCGGUUUAAAUUAUGAAAGAAAGGAACAGUAUCUGCCUCUUAUGUAUGAGUGGUAUCAGGAACAAUACGUUGGAGCCGCUCAUGGCUUGUCUGGUAUCGUUACUUUACUUUUGAAAAGUAAUUUUACUGACAAAGAAUUAAUGGUCCAAGAAAUUGAGGGAUUAUGCAAGCUGAAAUAUCCAUCGGGAAAUUUUUUCACAUUACUACAAUCAGAGGCAAAAGAAAUUCUGCACUGGUGUCAUGGAACUCCCGGAUUUACCUUUAUGUUCAUUGAAGCUUAUAAGAAACUAGGGGAUGAAAAAUAUUUAAAUGAGGCCAAACUGUGCGCAGACCGAAUUUGGGAGAAAGGAAUUCUAAAGAAAGGCUAUGGACUAUGCCAUGGCACAGCUGGAAAUGCAUAUUCUUUAUUAGCUGUUUACCAAGCGUCCAAAGAUAUAAAAUAUCUUCACAGAGCCGCAAAAUUUGCUGAAUUCUGUUUAUCAUAUGGCACUCAUAAUUGUCGUAUACCCGACAGACCGUAUUCUUUAUUCGAAGGAAUGGGUGGAACUCUUUAUUUUCUUGUAGACUUUUUAAAGAAUUAUGAAAACGCCAAAUUUCCUUGUUUCGAUGACAUUUAG